AUGUCGAAAGUGGACGCUUUGGCGAAUGUUUGGACAUCGGACGAUGUUGCGGCCGCAGCGGGCCACGGUAUCGGAGGAUGUGGCCGCAGCGGGCCGCCGUACCGUCUUCGAAAGACAGUUAAAUAUUAUUGUCAUGUGUACGGGUUAUCGCGGGGUCAGGAGUCGCCGCCGCUAUCGAGCGCCGCCGCCGCGUUCUGCCCUAGUGUUCCGACGACAAUGGAUUGGAAAAAUUGUGUCGUUUUUUCAUUUGCAUUUUUGCAGUGGGUUACAGCUACUGAAACACCAUGCGUGAUCGAGCUGGAGUGUGCGGAGUGUGUGCCGGACCACAUGCCGCUGGUGACGUCGCACCGCGCCAGCAACGGGUCCGUGCUGGUGCCGCACGGCGACGAGGUGUCGCUGUCGUGCGGCGCCGGCCGCCUGCUGGCCUACCCGCUGCGCGCCGCCGUCACCGCGCAGUGCGACGCGGGCAGGUACCGUGUGCCCGGCGACGCCGCACUCAGGCAUCUGCUCGAGCUGGGCUGUCAGGAAGACGUAUUUGAAGAUGUCCUUCAUACGGUGGAGCAUUGCGCGCCGCCGCUGCAGGGCCGCGCCUACCAGCUGCAGGAGGACGGCAGCACGCGCCACGUCGCCACGCUGUGCUUCGACGAGGACCGCGCCGUGGCCACCUUCGCACACGUCUCCAACGCGCCCGCCAACACGUUGCGUUUGCCGCCGCACCCCGACCAGCGGGCCCCGCUCACCCUAUUCGGGAACUUCAACAACAUGUUCGACUCCAAGACGAGGCACGUGGCCGAGAAACUGUACUCCGACGACGUCAGGAUGAACCGACGCCUGCACGAAAUUUUCAAACACGACAAGUUCUCGUUCGCGGAGCAAACCAUCACCGCGGGAAAACUACUCAGCGGCCACUACUUCGACGAUCAGAACAUGCGGGUGGCGGACUUCGUGUCCAACAAGGUGGCGGUGUGGCGCAGCGUGGCGGGCGGCAACCUGCGCCACCUGCAGCGCGACGUGGCGCGGCUCAUGAAGCUAUGGCGGCCGCACGGCGCGCUGCACGUGUACAGCGGUACGCACGGCACGCUGGCGCUACGCGCCGGCCGCCGCGAGGUGUUCCUGCAGGCGGCGCGCUUCCCCGUGCCGCGCUACCUGUGGACGGUGGCGCACGAUGCGGCGGGCGGCCGCGCGCUGGCCGUGGUGGUGCUCAACGACCCCUUUGUGGCGGUCAGCGAGAUCAGGGAGGCAGUGUUUUGCGAGAGCGCGUGCGGCGCCGUGUCGUGGCUGCAUGAGCUGAAGCGGCACCGCAACUACGAGAGCGCGCUGUACGGGCUCUCCUUCUGCUGCAACGUGAAAGACUUCACGGCCGUGGUGCACGAGAUGCCGGCUGCGGCGCUCGCCGGCGUGCGCGAGGGCCGCGAGGGGAUGUUGACGGAGCUAAACAUUCAG